ACCACCCAGAUCUAGUGGAAAUUCCACUGAGUUGGCAACACUGGUCAUCAGAUUGAGGGUUGGAUGAAUCGUGAGUAGAGAACGCUCAAUCGCGACUGCAACAAAUUGUUUCAGCAGAUUGUUGGUUGUGUUGAACCGUGAGUAGGGCCUUUAAGUUUGACAAAUUGGUUAAAUUGAGAUCGACAUCUGGAAUCACUAUUAUGUGGAUUCUAGUUAGCUGUGAAAUACAUUCCCUGGCUAGGUAUCUGCAGCCGCUUUUUCAGUGAUAUCCAAAAAUUUUAUCAUUAAAUUUAAAUGCAAAUCUCAGUAUGUCGCUCAAAGAAAGUCUCAAAGAGCUGGGCUGGUACCUGAGUGACGAAGGUGUGGACACUAUCAGUGAAAAUGGAAAAAUACAGGAUGUACAGCUUCUAAGUAAAAAAGCAUUAGAUUACGAUUUGAGGGAUAUAGGCGAUGCAGCUUUCCCUGAAGAUUUUUUAAAAGAUCCAUCCAAAUUAGAGAGCCCUGUUGUAAUUCAGAUACAGAAAGUUAGGAAUGUAUCUGCUCCUAAAGCUAAUGAGGAAUCAACAUCUGCUCCUCGCAUGUUGAAGUUGAUAUUGCAUGAUGGCAAAUCAACAUGUGCUGCGUUAGAAAUAAAUCCUAUUCCUAAUUUAACAAUAAAUACUCCACCAGGCACUAAAAUACUGUUGAAAUGUGAAGGUCUAGAAAUAUACCAUAAUGUUAUCUGGUUGUCUCCCAAUGUGGUCACAGUCCUAGGAGGAAAGGUAUCUCAUAUGAUUGAAAAAUGGGAAUUAAAUAGAAGCCUUGCUAAACAUACUCGAGGUGGUGUUGAUGCCGGUCCUCCACCGUGGAUUCCAUUUGGUCAAAGGUUAGAAGCUAACCCAUUGGAAAAACAAUUUAAAAGCCUACAAGAAGCAGCUAAGCAAGACAACCCAGAGUUUGAGGCUCAAAGAAAAGGAGCUAUAGCUGAAGCACAACGGUUAUCUGGUGUAAAGAAGGUAUUCGGAGGUGGAACAAAACCAUUACUUGAUGCAAAUGUACAGAAGAUUGUUGAUGCUGGAUUUACUGAAGAACAGGCUGAAAAUGCUUUAAAAUACACUAAGAAUAAUGUAGAUCGAGCACUUAGAAUAUUGCAAAAGCGAGACAAUUCAGAAAAUCGUAAUAAAGAAAAGCCAAAAGAAUCUGAACCACCAAAACGAAAAGGGCGAAAUAAAGACAAAGAUAAUAACAAUGAUGAGGAUGUUAUACCAGUGAAACCCUCUGGAAAAGUGUCCCUCUUUGACUUUUUGGAGGACAAACUUCCUAAUGUUCCAGAUAGACAACGUGACAGAAACAACCGCAGUGAAAACAAUGCUCCAUAUGAAGAAAACCGCGAAAGAAAUUAUGGGAGUAGAGACAGAAAUAAUACCCGCCAGAAUCCUCGAAAUCAAGGCACAAGGCAUGACGGCUCUCGACAUCGAUCAGACAACAGAGGUCAUUAUAAUGACAACCAUCCAUCGCACCGAGAUGAACGGAAAUAUCAAACCCAAGUAGAGACUCCACCUAGAUUCCAAAAGAAAUUUGAGGAAAUGAAUAAACAACACUCAAACAACCAAUAUGGCUAUAAAAAUUCAUAUAACAAUCAACCCCAUAACCAAUACAAUAAUAGGAGAAAUGAUAGAAAUUAUAAUAAUGAUAGUAAAAUGCAACAACAGAACCAGCAACCUUAUCAAAAUAAUAACAUCCAAGGGAUAGACAAUUUAGUAGAAGCAACAGCUAAUAUGAAUCUUAUAAAUCAGCAACGUCCCAAUGAAGAAACACCUUCUCCACACACUUACCAAACACAAGAGCAAUCUUAUCCUAAACAGCCUUAUCAUCACAACCAGAAUGUACAAGAUUCCCAACAAUAUAGGCGAAAUAAUGAUGUGCCAAAGUAUCAGGAUCAGUCAUAUCAGCGUCGACAGCAACCCAAUGGUUAUGUGGAUCAACCACCUCAAAAUGCUAUGUAUCCAAAUGUAAAUUAUAUGGCGAAUAUGCAAGGAGGUUACAAUGGUCGACAAUACGGUUAUGGUGGAAGGCCACAAGAGUAUAAUACAUUGCGAACGGGAGGUCCGUUUUUACCAGGCUCAUUGCUCGGGUUUCAAAAUGCAGCUGUUAAUGAACAAGCCCGUGCGAUGUUAGGUGUAGCUGAUAUUAAUUGGAAAGUUGGGGAUCGCUGCUUGGCACUAUAUUGGGAAGAUAAUAAUUUUUAUGAAGCUGAGAUAACUGGUAUAUCAGCCAAUACUGUAGUAGUCAAAUUUUGUGCAUAUGGUAAUCACGAAGAAGUCCUCAAGUCCAACUGCUUGCCUUAUCCAAACCAAGCGACGUCGGGCGGCUACGCGUCGCGCGGCGUGUUCCCCGCGCGGCGGCCCUAGUGGCGCGGGGCGGCGCCGCGGGCCCGCGCCCCCGCCGCCCUCAACCCCCCGCGAGACCCCGCGCUCGCCACCAGCUGACCACCAUGUCUCCCCCUCACCCCCCUACCGCCAGCAACCCCCCUCGCCCCCCUGCCCCCGCCGGCCCCCCUCGCGCCCCUCUACCCGCUGGCCCCGCUAGCGCUGCACAUUGACCGGCACCAGAUCGACUAUUGGAACGAUCCAGAACGCAUCGCGAUGUUCGUCGCGACGUGGAACUAUGAACGUGACGUUUUGCUCGAGAACGACUCUUGGGAUCUCAGCCAUUUUUAGUUGAAUAUUUUUGUUUUUUUUUGUGAUGUACUGCUGGCCGUGUAGAAAUGACGCUUAGAAUGAUAUGAAUAUUCAGUGACCAAAACGACUUUCAAUCGGUGUUGUUUGGCAGCUUUCUAUGCGGCUAGUCUUUUAUGUACUAAUUUACUCGAAAAUGUGGCUAUUUUUGAAAAAAAGCUUCCAAAACACUUCCGUUUCCGAUUUUAAGUUACUUAUUUCACAAAAGUCUUUCUAAUAAAUGCUCAUACAAGUUGAACUAAUGGGAUUCCUUUGUGGAAGUAUUCUAUGUUGGAUGUCUUCCAGUUUCAUAUAAUGAAAUAAAAAUGAAUAUAAUGCGUACCAUUAAAUGUUGGUCAUUGUACAUGAAAAGGUUCCCAUUUACCUUUGAGGUACGGAUCCUUACACAGUUAAAGAACAGAAAGCAUCAGGAUUUUAACUCAAUAUGUUAUCAAAGGUAUAGAGAGUCAGUUCUCGCAAAAUACGAGAUGUCCGUAGAUAGAUACAAGACUGGAACCUUAGUUCCGAGUUGGUUCAUGUUCCUUUCCCCUUGAUACCUUUGGUCGAAUUUUCUUAAUGUCAACGACACUAAAAACCCAGCAACAACUGACCCUACAAUUAAUACAAAAAUAAUAAUGACCUUUCGUCCACGGUCCACAUAUUUAUUUCCAAUAAGAUUUAAUUUGAUCGUUUGUGAAAUUCCAUCGAAGGUAGCAAGGUAAUACAGACUAAACCAACGAAAUAGUAACAAUUUGUACGAUAAUAACUUCACUACUAGUCUAGUGGAAUAAUGCUGGGACGAAUUAAAAACUAAUAUUAAAUGAAUCGAACUGCUUAAAAUUUCAGGCGCGUCCAUAAUUUUGGCGCGAUAUUGACUUGUGAGUUGAAAUAGAAGUUUGCUGUAGCAUUUCUUCAUUUGUUAUGAAUAAAAGAAUUACUUAAAUAUCUAUUUCAGUUUAACCUCGAAUUAAAAACUUUAAUGUUCGCCUCCAAAAAUAUUUUAAACUUUCUCUGCUAUAGUUACGGCAAACUUCAUUUUUCAUACUCGAAACAAAAUUGUAGGUAUUGUGUAGCUUCCGUUAAAGCUUUUUAUACGUGAUGUCGAUGUCAAUUUAAUAUUAAUGUUGUACCAGAUAAACCAUUGAAUAUGGCACUAUAACAUUUAUGUGUGUUAAGUAAAGUAUUAAGCGAAUAAUGUUUGUGUUACCUUUAAUUUGGUUGAAAAAUUUUGUAGGUAUGUAAUUAUUGCUCAUUAGGUGUUACUGGUGUUAGACGUUGAAAACUAUGUAAAUUGUUAUGGUUUUGUGUAAUGGUGAUAAUGGAUAGAUUUUUCUAGUUAUCUCGUAUUUAUCCGUUUAGUAGAAUAAUAAAAGCGCUUCUAAAAGAAGUUGAAUAAAGAAAUAUUAAAUUUUUAAAUUUCAGUUUAUUUUGCUUCUGGUAUGGUAUUUUAUUAUGUUCCUGGAACAUAAUUAACGAGGGUCUCGGUCACAGUGCUUUUUGAAUUAAUGUAUGUUUUUAAUUUCAAAUAGUUAUAUCAAAAAUGGUCAAGUGUAAGUGUAUAAACGAAAUUAAUGAUUAUCGGUAACACAAACAUUGUUAAAUUUGUAAUACGACGUAGAUUAACAAUAAUAAUUAAUGUGAAGAAAGCUGUAACAUUUGAAUGAUUUGCAUUUGAUAUGGAAGCUACACAUUAUAGGCUCACCUCGUGUGAUGAAUUUUAAUCAGAUAAGAUCUAAUUAGGUGUACUCCUACAUUAAUUAAUUGAUUCUAUAACCAGUCGUCGUAGUUUUAGCUUAUAUAAGUGUAUUUUGUUGUAUUCUAGCGCAAAGUGUGUAUAUUAAUUUUUCGAUUAACUUCGGAAUAUAGUUUGAAGUGUUUUUUACUUUAUUCAGUGUAUAAAUUAUUAUGUCGUACGCGAAAUCACACGUACUGGAUAAGUGUGUACGUGCGGGUUGUACGUUUAUUACUCUAAUGAAUAUAUUUAUUUAUUGCUUCUAGCGAUCUCUACUCGUACACCUUGGCAUUUCUAAUGCAAGUACAUUUAUACAUAACGAGCCUCCUAAACGAGUAGUGAAAGCUAAUAAAUCUACUUAUUUGUAAAGAUUACUUUUAAAGUUUCUACUGUAAACCAAAGCUCAAUUAUUUUCCGAUGUAAAGCAGAGCUCAUUGUAUGUGUAGGGUGAAAUAUGCUUUCUAUACAUUUGUACUAAUUUUAUGUUGGAGUAACAGUUUAUUAACAAAAGCUAAUAAAAAGAAUUUCAUCAAUA